CAAUAGACUUUCCCCACAACCUCCCAACCCCCAACCGACACACAUGCAGACAUAAAAAUAUAUAGCUAUAUAGUGGUAGCUCAAAUCUUGAAUUGCUCAUCACACAUUACUAUUUUUGAAAUCAAACCUAAUGGAUAGAUCUUCCCACUUCUACCUCCUUAUAACAUCACUCUUACUACUUCAUUGUUUUAUAGAUUAUAGCUCAGCCAUCUCAGAUAUCAACACCGAUCGUUCCUCACUUCUCGCCUUAAAAUCCCAAAUCACAUUAGAUCCUCAAAAUAUAUUGACCCAAAAUUGGAGCACUGAAGCCAGUGUUUGCAGUUGGAUCGGAGUUACUUGUGAUUCACGUUACAAUAGGGUUACGCAGUUGAAUAUAUCGUACAUGGGUCUUGUCGGAACCCUCCCGCCAGAAAUCGGGAAUCUUUCUUCUCUGGUUUCUUUAGAUGUGAACUACAACUCUUUUCAUGGCCCAAUUCCCCCAUCUCUCUUCAACUUGUCAUCCAUAGAAAUCUUGAAUUUGAGGAACAAUAGUUUGUCUGGUAGGCUACCUGAUCUUGAUAUGUGCAAACACAAUAAUCUUGGUAGACUCAAGAUUCUUCGAUUCUCUUACAACGAGUUGUAUGGGGAAAUACCAUCGAGUUUGGGGCAGUGUUCACAGCUUGAGUUUCUAUCUUUGUUCAACAACAAUUUCACUGGAUUUGUGCCGAAAGAAAUUGGGAACUUGACGAACCUUCAAGUGUUGAACCUUGGUGCCAACAAUUUAAGUGGUAAUAUUCCAAAAGAGAUCGGCCGCCUUCCUAAUUUACAAGUUUUGGACAUGAGUUUCAACAGCUUCAAUGGACACCUGCCGAGAGAAAUUGGAAACUUGACAAUGCUUCAAUUGUUGGACCUUGGUAACAACAAGUUAGGUGGUAAUAUUCCAAAAGAGAUCGGUUCUCUUUCUAAUUUACUAGGGUUGGGCAUGAGGUUCAACGAGUUCUCAGGCCCUAUACCGGCAACCAUUUACGGCUUGACUUCUUUGGAAUAUUUUGACUUUGCGUCAAAUAAAUUGAAUGGAUCACUGUCGAAAGAUAUUGGAAACAUGACAGCCCUUCGAAGAAUAGGCCUUGAAAGCAAUAAUCUAAUUGGUGAAAUUCCAAAAGAGAUUGGUGAUCUUACAAAUUUCGAGCGAUUGAGCAUGUGUUGCAAUAGAAUUAGUGGUUCAGUGCCAAGAGAAAUUGGGAACUUGACAAACACAUUUGGUAUUUUCCUUUACAACAAUACUUUAAGUGGUCCUAUUCCAGAAGAGAUGGGUCGUCUUGUUAAUUUAGUGGAGCUGCAGUUGGAAUACAACUAUCUAAUCAAUGGAUCAUUGCCAAAAGAAUUUGGAAAUUUGACAUCUCUUACCUACUUACUGCUUAAUGAUAAUAAAUUAAGUGGUGAAAUUCCGAAAGAAAUUUUUCUUCUGAAAAACUUAUUGCAACUGAAUAUCGGAAGCAACCGACUUCGUGGAUCGUUGCCUAGAGAAAUUGGUAACACAACCAUUCAUGAUCUGUGGCUUCACUUCAAUAAUUUGAGCGGUCCAAUACCAUCCACCUUUACGAGCCAAUCAGGGCUAGUUAACAUAGCACUGCGUUCCAACAACUUAAGUGGAGUGCUUCCUUCAUCCAUUUGCAACUUGAGAUCCCUCCAAGUUCUCUAUUUAUCAUACAACAAUUUGGAAGGAUCUCUUCCAGAUUGUCUUAGAAACUUGAGCUCAUCUCUGUUAAUCUUUCAUUUGAAUGCAAAUAACCUCAGUGGCCUCAUUCCAUCAACAUUUACAAAAGGGUGCAGUCUUCAAUCAAUCAAUCUGAAUGGCAACAAAUUGGAAGGCACACUGCCUCAAACCCUAGUCAACUGCCAGGGUUUGCAAGGGAUCGACAUUGGUGAUAAUGAAAUACGAGGCGCGUUUCCCCUUUGGAUGGAAAUGCUCCCUCAACUCCGUAUGCUCGUCUUGAGGUCUAACAAGUUUGAUGGUAAUAUGUCGGUGGCUUCAACGACGAAGCAGCCGUUUCCCAAGCUGCAAGUCUUGGAUGUAUCAGGGAAUGCGUUUGUUGGCUCGUUGCCUGAUAGAUAUUUCAAGAAUUUUCGAGGUAUGAUCGAUGCCAAGGAAAAUCAGACCGAUGAUGGAGCAAAUUUGUUUCUAAGGUUUAUAGAGUUGUCACUCACUUUGAAAGGUUUGGAUCAGUUAUUGCAGCGGCUGCUGACGACCUUUACAACUGUUGACUUAUCCUCGAAUAGAUUCUCUGGGAAGAUUCCGGCUUUGGUGGGGAAUCUUAACUCUCUUAGAUUCUUGAAUCUUUCUCAUAAUGCCCUCAUGGGGCAUAUACCUUCAUCUCUUGGGGGGAUGAGUUUGCUCGAGUCGUUGGACUUGUCAUCGAACAAAUUGGAUGGAGAAAUUCCGAGUGAGCUCACCAGGUUGACAUUUCUCGCGAAAUUGAACCUUUCGAUGAAUAAUCUUGAGGGGCAAAUUCCACGAUCUGCUCAGUUUUUCACGUUCGAGAAUGAGUCGUACGUGGGGAAUGUAGGAUUGUGUGGGCCUCCAUUGACGAAGAAAUGUGAAGGGAGUGAUGCGAAGCCAUUGUUGCCCCAAGAAGAAGAAGAUGAUGAUGGUUUUGUGAAUGGAUUUGGGUGGCAAGCAGUUGUGUUGGGGUAUGGAUGUGGAUUCAUAAUUGGAGUGUUUAUGGGGUGUCAAAUUAUUCGAUAUGAAAGGCCAAGAUGGUUGGUGGAAUUCUUUUUUGAUUGAAGCAAUAGAGAGAGUGUAGUGCUAUAAUUAAGAGUUUGGAAUUAUGUCUAGUUUUGUUUGUAUAUGUGUGAGUCAUAUAUAUAUCUACAUACUAUUUUGUACAUGUAUAAUAGAAUUCCUACUAUUCUGUUGUACUGUAUUUGCAAUUGCAGUCAAAAGAUGACUGGUUUGUACAUUAUGAACAUAUUAUUGUUGAAAUUAUUUGAAUUACAACGU